UGUAGCUAGCUGUCCUGAUCCCCCAUGUGAGCACCCAAAACCUCUGGGCCUUCAAAAUUUUAGACCCACAACAUUACUUUCAAAGAGAAGAUGGGAGAGAGAGGGCAAAAAAGAGGAGAGAGAAAGAGAGAGGCCUAUCAUUACAAUUAUAGAGUGCUCAGUUAACUCCUGCAAUACAGUUUAGUUAGUUUUUUGGUUACAUUUCUCUACCCUCUAAAUUGUGUGUCAUUUGGAACAUAAGUGCAUUGUAUGGCACAUUUGCCACCCAAAGUCCCCAUCAUGACACAAAAUUGUCCUUCAUUCACUUACCCAAUGAUGCCGAUGACAUCCUUCGGUAGUGGCCUAAUUCCCACCACCACCACUACUGCCGCCGCCGCCACUGCCAGCACCACCCUACAACCUUCAUGGGUAGAUGAAUUCCUCGACUUCGCGUCGGUGAGGAGGAACGUGCACCGGAGGUCGGCCAGUGACUCUAUUGCCUUCAUUCCAUUGGUUGAAGAAUGUCAAAAUUCUCAUUGUCCCAACGCCGGAAACACUAACUUUGAUCGGUUGGAUGACGAGCAGCUCAUGAAUAUGUUUCCCGACGACAUGCCAAUGGUGGCGCCGCCCAUUAUAUCAUCUUCCAACCCAUCAAAUGACCCGUCCUCGCCAUCGGAGCAAAAUAGUAACGAAGGUGAGAAGCCAACACCACCAGAUCACAACCAGCGGCAGCCAAAAACUGAGGCAGGAGAGGUGGACAGCACAUGCAACCCUGAUCCACAAAAACCAACGCCGCCUUCUGCCGCCACUUCCGGUGAUACCAUAGUUGAUCCCAAGAGGGUUAAGAGAAUUUUAGCAAACCGGCAAUCAGCUCAGAGGUCGAGAGUGAGAAAGCUACAAUACAUCUCGGACCUAGAACGGAGCAUCACAACAUUACAGACCGAAGUAUCGACAUUGUCACCAAGGGUCGCAUUUUUGGACCAUCAACGGUUGAUUCUUAACGUCGACAAUAGUGCUCUCAAACAGAGGAUUGCAGCUUUGGCUCAAGAUAAAAUUUUCAAAGAUGCUCAUCAAGAAGCAUUAAAGAAGGAAAUUGAGAGAUUAAGACAAGUAUAUCAUCAACAAAGCCUGAAGAAGAAGAUGGGCCACGCCGCCGCCGCCACCGCCGCACCAACUUCACCACCACCUCCGUCCACCUCUGACAACACUGGUUGUACUGACAAGGACCAACUUCUGAAUUGAAAAAAAGGAAAAGACACUUCUAAUUAACCUGCAUGCGGAUCCACGUGAUGUGUUCCCUUUCUAGUGCGGCUCACCACAAGUUGCAAGAUGAAGUGGUGUGAGAUAGACACGUGGAGGGGUUAAUUAUCAUAGCAAUUGUUUAUUGUGAUUAUAAUUCUUAUUUAUUUAUUUCUCUCUAUCUCUUUGUCCAUAUUUUGAAUUAGACUCCCAAUAUGGGUUGGUUUGUAUAUAGGAGGAGUGGGGCUUUAAUUGAAUCGGGAUGCAUGAAAGGGCGGGUUGUCAGGGUUGUGGGCUUGGCAUUGUUUUAGUGUCUGCUUGUUUAUUUAUUUAUUUAUUUAUUUUCUUGUCUU